AAGCCAGAGCAACUUUGCGCGCUCCCGACGACAACGAGCACGAGCCGGAGCCGAGGCUUCGUCCACAUCCAGAGAGCACGAACCAGGAAGUGAAAGUGUACACAUGGAGGGUGUGUCGGUCCCUGACACUGAAUGCUUCAUUUUUAACAACACUGUCCUCCUCGGAUAAGUCAUGGGGGACUCUGCGAGGACCAAGCGGCGAGAGCAGCUGAAGCGCUGGGCCAGCUCAGGCACCAACAAAGCGUCGGCCGUGCCCAGGAGGAGGUGGGGGGGCGACGCCGAGAACGAGCACGGAGCGGGGGAGCCGGAGGCCGAGGGCAGCGACCAGCCACCAGUGUGUGGAGGCAGAGAGGAGAUCAGCCCGCUCCUCAAACGACGGAAAAGGGUGAGGUUUGACAGGGCUGCAGAGUUCUUGGCUGCGUGCGCCAGCGGGGACACAGAAGAGGCCCAGGUGAUGCUGAAGGAGGCCAAAGAAACCAAAAGGAGGAAUGGUGAUGAUGUGGCAGAAAUUAUCAACUGUUCCAAUGCCGAUGGAAUCACUGCUCUCCACCAGUCCUGCAUAGACGGCAGCAUGGAGAUAGUGUCCUUCCUUUUGGAGCAUGGUGCCAAUGUGAACCAGGUUGACAGUGAGGGAUGGACACCGCUGCAUGUUGCUGCCUCCUGUGGUUACCCUGACAUUGCAGAUUUUCUUUUACAGCAAGGUGCGUCUCUCUCUGCUGUGAACUGUGACGGUGACGUUCCUCUGGACAUUGCCCUGGAUGAGACCACUGAGUCCCUCCUUCAGGGUUACACACUGAGGCAGGGUGUGGACUUGGAGGCAGCCAAGCGGCUGGAGGAGGAACAGAUCAUGACAGAUGCCCGGACCUGGCUGACUGAGGGCCCGCCCGCUGAUGUACGACACCCCAGGACCGGGGCCACCCCACUGCAUGUGGCUGCUGCCAAAGGCUACCUAGAGGCCCUCAAGAUACUGUGUCAGUGUGGGCUCGAUGUGUCAGCUAUGGACUUUGAUGGCUGGACGCCUCUCCAUGCUGCAGCACACUGGGGUCAGGGGGAGGCCUGUCGCAUUCUGGCUGAACAGCUGUGCAAUAUGGAGGCCCGCAGCAACGCGGGUCAGACACCGUUUGAUGUAGCUGAUGAAAGCGUUGAGGAGCUCCUGGAGGAGUUAUCACAGAAACAAGCAAAUUCCAUAUUGGACAGGCAAAACCAACAAGGGUCCACCGUGGCAAACGUACAAAACAAACGUCGGAGUGAGACACACGGAAAGGUGAACAGUGUUGGGCAGUGUCACCCAAUGAGGUCCCUCAAUGCCAACAUCUGUCCCCAUUUCAUGUCUUCCAGGAGCUCAGUGUGCAGGAUGAGCAGUAAAGACAAGAUGAAUGUGCAGGACCAGUCUAAAGAGAGGGGUGUUUCAGGAGGCCUGGAGCUGAGUGAGGAGAAAGAGAUCAGCCCCGAAAGCUCCACCCUGUCUAGUCCAGAGAGUUUGACCACAUCCACAGUCAGCCCUGCUGACAAGACACCAGAGGAGAAAGGUGAGGAGGAGAAGGAGCAGGACAAGGCCAACCGCACUGCCAGAGUCCAGCCAACUCCUCAGACGAGGGAUGCCGCAGCUGAGAGCCCCAACACCCCCAACACCCCCAACACCCCCAACACUGACAGGCGCAAGUUCCAGGCUCCAGUCAGAGACGAAGAGUCAGAGUCUCAGAGGAAAGCUCGCUCUCGGCUGAUGCGGCAGUCUCGCCGCUCAACACAGGGUGUGACUCUGACAGACCUGAAAGAAGCAGAGAAGACCGUGGCUAAAGCCACAGAUCCACCACCUCGCAACAUCCAGCCUGUCAGCCCCAUCGUUACUGUCACGCCGGCUGAAAGGGAUACAGACCCGGUGAACCAGGUGGAGCUGGAGGGAGAGAAGCGUCUGGGAGUGAAGGACAGGAGGAGAGGGAGGAAGGAGCGACGCUCCACUGGUAUCGUUCAGCCAGGUGGAGAGAAUGAAGAUGAGGAUGAUCAUUUGGAUGAUACAAACAGUAACAGUACUUCCAAUGAGGGACAACUGGGAGACUCGUCAGCUGACUACAGAGAGCUGUACUAUCAGGUACUGCAGGAGAACCUGGCUCUGAAGGACAAGCUUCAAGAGAAGGAGCUGCUGCUCAGCCAAAACAAAGUGGAGCUGGAGAGACUCCAACAGGUUCGGCAGAGUCAAGAGAGCGGCACAGACAGACCGGCCCUCCUGGAACUGGAGAGAUUCGAGAAGUUGGCCCUCCAGAGGAAAGCAGUGGAGCUGGAGGAUGAGCUGAAGGUUCUGGGGGAUCUCAGAGCAGACAACCAGAGGCUGAAGGAUGAGAACGCCGCCCUCAUUCGAGUCAUCAGCAAACUCUCAAGAUGAACCUUAAAAAAAAACUUAUUUGGAGAUAAAAAGUAUUACAGGAUUCUUCUUCUGCCCAACUCAGAAGACACAAACCGGGAAGGUAGACGGCAGCAUCAAACACCUGCACAGCACAUUCAGCAGUAACUGGAACAGCAUAUAGAUUUCAGGGUUCUUAGCCUGUGUUUGGGCCUUUAUGUUUUGGCAGAUCUACUGUAUAACAAGCUGAACUGCACCUCCUGUGGACUGACAGGACGUUCCUGUUCACAUCCACUUUUAUAUUAAGACUUUAUUGUUGUAUUUUUUAUAACUGGAAUAUUUUAAUGUGCUUUGCUCCUCUGAUACUUUGUAUAAAAAUCUGUAUUAAGAGACUUAAAGCCAUGCACAGUGCUAGAUAGCCUUCUUGACCUCUGAAGAGGUGGAGAAACAAAUUGCCAGUCAGGUGUAGGGGGUGGUUACUAGAAAAAGACAAAAAAAAGACUUACUGUAAAUGUGCCAAAAAGCAGCCCGUUGCAUGUCCUUUGGGUCAAAACUCCUCACUGUUGUUUCUCAGGAUGAGUCUUGGGUCAAUGCUUUCUGUUUUGGCUGACUGCUGUAAAGGUGGACCAAAUUUGCAUGCUCAUUUUUCCCUGCUCCUCUGAAUGUAUAUUUAAUAUGUAUAUUUAUGUACAGGGGCCAUCUGUCCUGACAGUGAUGUAAAGGUGUUGUCACGGUAUCUGUUGUACAAAUGACGGAAAGUUUUGGGUGCUAAUCAUGGAAGUCAGGUGCAGCUCAUGUUCAGAGGGAUUUUUACAGAAAAUGUUUGUUACAAAUGUCAGAUCUUUCAAGAGCUUUAGGAGAACGCAUGCUCUAUCAUUACUACUGUAAGUCAGUAGUCAUUUUGCUUUACCAUUUCGACUGGACGCUUCUGAAAGCAACAAACCUGAAGCUAAGUAUUCACUCUGUGACGGACGGUUGUUGGUAUUCAACAGAAAGGCCAGAUUGGUCAACAUUUGAAUGUUUACUCCAAUUUUAAAGAAAAAACUUGCAUGUCAAAUUGUAUUUUGAUGCUGUGCCUUUCGACAUACAUUUCUAAGUAAUAUUUCUAUUUUGCUUUGGCAAACAUACACUGUUAAGUAUAAAAUACAUUAUGGGCAUAAAUUAUUACGGUUCUGUUGUUA